UUGCCCGAUGCCCAUCUGUUUUGACCAGGCAGUUUAACGCCGUCUAUCUUUGCCAAGAGAAUCCAGCUUCGUUGUCCUCGUCGACCGAUUAUCGUAGCUCGUCAUGGUAAAACCAAAACGCAGAGCGUACGCCGCCUUUGGGGCGGACUCCCCGGUCAAAAAUGCGCAAGAGAAAGGUAGCAACACGAGCGAGUCCUCGGACUCACAACCCAUCCAGCAGGACGCUCAGCAGUUCCCCGCGACGGUCACACUGCAGACGAGCAAGAAAGCCGUGCUCAAGUUUGCCUAUGCUCACAACGAGGACAAGGCCUACACCAAAGAGAAGAAGACGACCACGGCGACGAUCCACAAGCUCGACGAUAUCACGGCCUAUGACAUCUCGGACCAGGAAGAGGGCGCGCUCUGGGACAUUGAGAUCGAGCGGCUGCUCAAGGCGGUCGGGACCCGCGAGGCCAUGGCCACGAACUAUGCCAAGGUCGUCGAGUUUCCCGAGCCCGCCACCGAGCGGUCUUUCGACAGCCUGGCCAACCUGGCGGACCAGCUGCUCAUCAACCUGCACAUCUGCCGUGUCGACAACGGGACCGUGCUGUACGAGCUGUCCAACGAGGACCACAACGACCAGGAGUACCAGAACAGCUUCCGGAUCCUGUCGGACCGGCAGGAGGCCGACUCCAAGGACAAGCCGGCGGCCGAGGCGCGCGUGAGCGACACAGACCUCGUGCAGUACUGCGCGCUCGUGGACACGGCGACGCUCGUGUGCUGCCGGAUGGCGGUGGCCGGGUUCGAGGACAAGGACUGGCACGCGCUGGUCAUUGCGUCGCUGGCAAAGUACUCGGCCAAGCUGAAAGUGCUGGCCAUGGACCCCGGCCGGUUCACGCAGCGGAGCAUCAACAUGGCCGGUCGGUCGAAGCAGUACAAGACGAUGCUGGACGGGAUCGGCAACACCCUCCGGCGGAUGCAGGAGCGCUCCAGCCAGUGGAAGUCGGCGGGCGGCAAGAGGAGGAAGAAGAAGGACGGCGGAGACAAGGGAGACAGCAACGAUGCGGACAACAAGGACGACGACGAUGACGAUGAUGAUGACGACGACGACUACUACUACGGAUACGACUACGAAGCUGGCAUGGGCGCAGGGUACGGAUACUAUGGCC